UUUUCGUUAUUAACACGAUCUGCCGAGCUCUGUGUCGUUCCAAGACAAUCUUAGUCAAGAUAACUUUGUCGUGAGAUUUUGCAUAUAUGUAUAUAUAUUAUAGAACGAGUCAACGAUAAAUUGUGUUAGUAAGCGACACCCUAAAAGUUAUCCUACUCUUGGUUUUAAGUCCUGCACAAAGCGCUGAUUAUUCAAACCCAGAAUUGAGGAAUACUCGAAAGAGUAUACAGGAAAAAAUCGCGUUGACACCAUUCUCUAGUUCAAAUCUAAACUUUCCGACAUCAAUUUCACCAUGCAUGGAAUAGUGGUCCACCACUUAGACGAGCAUACCCCCUUGCGGGACACCUAUUUAUCGGACAGCUCGAGCUUGUCGAGUAUUUCGUCAUCCCCAUCGUCCAGCCCAUGCCAUCGUCAACAACGGAACGGGAAAGAACGCGUGAAUGAGUCGUACCAAUCUUUACCAGCCGUUCUUCAACUCACCCUCGGGCUGCUCGGGCUGUGGAGCCCCUCACCGAUGUCGCAUUCGAAGGCCAACCUGAACGUCCAUUGCCAGCAUACGGUCGUCACCAUGAUCCCGGGUGAUGGCCAUGAUGACGACGACGGAAUCCAUUUGGAAAAAUCAUCAGACGGCGUUCUUUUCGACGAGAACCAAAAUAAAACCAACAUGGUCAACAAGAGAAAACGUUGUCUGAUCUCUGACGUCAUCGCAGUCCUAUAUCUUCUUCUGACGUGCGCUCUGUUGACCUAUGAUUUCCAGACUUACUUCAGAAACUUCUGGGGAAAGAAAAGCGAUAUCCUACACCUCGUGUCUUACUCCACUUACCUCUUUCAGGUAAUGGUCAUUCCAUUCGCAUGCCUCUUCUCCCGCAUUUGCUACAUGAUCAUGGGAACGCGUUACAGGCAAGGUUAUCCGCUCUUUCGUGGAUUCUUGUCGAAGCGCGUAAAGAUUUUGACUGGCUCACGUUUUGGCGCCAAAGGUCUGUCCUGGUUUCGUCUCGUCUGCUUCCUCGCAUGGCCGAUUACGAAUGCUACGCUCAGGUUGGCCAACGAUUACCGGAUCAGAUCUAACUGUCGCAGUCACUUGAAAGUCUACAGAGAAGUCUCUCACUGGAGCGCUCUUAUCGGGUACAUCUUUUACGGCUGUUUUUGCUAUCUCAUCCACAUCGAGCGCGUUUCGUUUCAAUGCGAGGUGCGUCAGAUUUCCAAAUACGCGCGCGACCAGGCCUCCGCGAAGAAUAUAGACGGGGUACGCAGACGGAUACUGAGCUUCUACGAGCAUUACCACAUUCUACGUCGUUUGAUCCGGUGUUGGAUGGCAUUCACCAUGGUCGUCGCCACUUGGGGACUGACCGCUCACCUCACCUGGAACUAUCUCAUCUACAGCAACAUGGAUGUUCAUGACCCCCAUCGCACUCCCGAUCUCAUAAGAUCUCUCAACAUUCUCGUCAGCGCGCAGAAGGUCAUGUUCUUCGUGGUCCCAUGCAUUGCAAUAGGUGGGCUGAACCUGGAGCACGUUUGGAAGCGACUGAAGUACGAAAUCGCAAAGAAUCAGAGGUAUACAUACAAAACUUACUGGCGGGCCAUCAACAAGUACCUGCACGAGAUCAACGCGGAAAACCCCAGAGAGAUUACCCCCACCCUUCUUUUUACCGCCAUUGGUUUCUACUUGGGCUUGAAACUGGACAAAGGGGACCAGGAAUUCACCAAGUGGAACUAUCCGAUCUCCUGUAAUACUACAGAGCAACAUCUUUAAAAUCGUUUUAUUUCACACGAGUUGAAACGAGUGUCGGAAACAGGUACUCCAUUAAAAAAGUUGUAUUACAAGUUAUCACCCACCCUCCCGAGGAAAGCUAAAUAUUAAGUAACUUUUAGCACUGUGAAUUCUUCGUUUAAAACUGUGUAUAUUGGCGACUAGGGAUUCUGAUUGAACGAGAUCGUGUCCUGUAGGUCGGGCUCAUGCAGUAGUUCUGUACAUUCUGCACAUCCAAAAUUUAUACAUAAUUACAGGGUAGAUAUACCCUCACUUGUCAUAUUGUCCCAUUUACACAAUUAUACACAAUAAUUUAUGGUAAGUAAAGAGUGUGUUUUCUAUGGCUUGUGCCAUACCAUCGGGUUAUCGCGUCGGCUCGGGAAAUCGCGUAUAGCCUACCCGACCAUUCGAGAAAAUGACCCCUAAAUCAGGG